AAAACUGACACGCCGAAAACGAAAAUAUUUUGCCGUUUCGAAGCUUUCUCCUCCUCUCUUCCUCUUCCUUCCCUUCCACAGUUCGAAUCCUCCCUCCCCUGUUCCAACCCCCGCAACCGCAAGAGCCCUAGUCGCCGCCGCCCGGGCUCCUCACGCCGGAAAAACCCCAGCUAAACCCUAGCGCGCAGCCGCCGCCGCCGCCGGCUGCGAUGGACCUGUACUCGGACGACGAUUCGGACCCGGAGUUCGACGAGGGCCUCCAGGAGGACCUGGACCUGGUCCGCCGCUCCUGCAUCGCCGCCGGCGCCGACCCCGCCGCCGCCUCCGCCGCCGCCCAGGUCUCCUCCUACCUCACCACCCCAUCCGUCCCCUCCUCCGCGGCGGCGCUGCCCGCGGCGGCGGGUGAUGGCUUGUCGGACGACGACGACGAGGAUGAGGAGGAGGAGGACGAGGACCUGGCCCUCGUCCGCAGCAUCCGCGAGAACCUCCACCUCAACAAGGCGUCCCCAUCCUCGCCGCUGCCCUCCGAGCCGCGCCCUAUCUGCGUCUGGCCGCCCUCCGACACGGACGACGACGACGAGGACGACCUCGAGACGCUCCGCGCGAUCCAGCGCCGCUUCUCGCACUACCAGGCCGGUGAGUCCACCUGCGACCCGGUUCCCUCUGAUUCUAAUCUGGAGGCGCCCGGUACCUCCACUGGGCCACCUGAAAACAUGAAAAACGAGACCUCAAAGGUGGGGGGAGAUGAAUUUAUUGCACAUCAACCUGGUGAAGAGGAUGUAGAAAAGCAAAACCCAAAGGCUCUCAAUCGAGCUCGGUUCCCAAAAGCUGCACUGUUGUUAGUGGAUGCUCUUAAGAAGAACAGAGCAUGCCAGAAGUUAAUUAGAAGGAAGAUGAUUAACAUUGAAGCAAAAAUUGAAGUAAAUAAGGAUCUCAGGGAUCGUGUCAAAUGUCUGAUGGAUUAUCAGUUAGGCUGCAGAAGAUCAUUUGGCAGAUUUUUGUGCCAGAAGGUGGAUCCUCGUGUUAGAUUGAUUUCCUCUCGAAAACCAAGUUUGCAAUCUGAAAAGAAGAUGUCUGCAUUACUUCAUGGCCCAGCUGAGAACCUUCAUGUUUCAGAGUAUAAAGCGGUACUGAAGCAAUUUCCGAUCUCGCUUCAGAAGCAAUCAUGGUCAGAUAUGGAGAAAGACAGUCUUGCUAAAGGAGUAAAGCAGCAGUACCAAGAAAUAUUGAUUAAGAACUCCAUGAAGAAUGGAAGUUCCACUGGCGACUUCAGUGCUUUAGAUAUAGCAUGUGCAAUGACGAACACCGCGGGUAAUUUUGAGGUGCCUCCUGAAAUUCUCCGGUCAGUCUUGCCAUUAGUAAAUUGGGACAAAAUUGCUGCUAUGUACCUACCUGGUCGAUCUGGUGCUGAAUGCGAAUCAAGGUGGCUAAACGUCGACGAUCCAUUGAUUAAUAACAAUGCUUGGACCGCACAUGAGGAGAAAACACUUAUACUAACUGUCCAAGAAAAAGGAAUGCAUAAUUGGAUUAACAUUGCAGUAGCAUUGGGUACUCAGAGAACACCUUUCCAAUGUCUUGCUCGUUAUCAACGAAGUCUUAAUCCCCACAUACUGAAGAGAGUCUGGACAAAAGAGGAAGAUCUCCAACUUCUAGCUGCCGUCGAAACUUUUGGUUGCAACUGGCAACUUGUAUCAGCUAGCAUGGAUGGUCGAAUUGGCAAUCAAUGCUCUAACAGGUGGAGGAAGACGUUACUCCCUGAAAGGACAAGGGUGGGGAGAUGGUCUGAGGAUGAGGACAAACGUCUCAUGGUAUCUGUCAAACUUUUUGGAUCUGGCAGCUGGAUUAAGAUCGCUCAAUUCGUUCCUGGCCGUACACAAAGUCAAUGCAGCGAGAGGUGGCGUAAUGUUCUUGAUCCAGAUAUAGAUCAUGGGGAGUGGCGUCCUGAAGAGGAUUCCAAGUUAUUGGCUUCUGUCCAUCAGGUUGGUGCCUGCUGGUCUAAGAUUGCUGGAGAUAUGAUUCCUCGCCGAACUGAUAAUAUGUGCUUGAGGCGAUGGAAAAGACUCUGUCAAGAUGAAGUACCUCGAGUUAUCGCUACCAAUCAAGUAAAGAAAUCUAUUUUCCAAACCAACUUUGUUGAUAGAGAAACAGAGCGACCUGCAAUUGGCCCCAGUGACUUCCCAUUACUUGUGUACUCCAAAGUUGAUAGAGGUGAUGGGAACACUGUAAGUGAUCAAGUCAAAAAACGCUCUAGAGGAACAUGCAAGGAUAAUCUGCCAGCUAGUGAUCCAUCAAAAUCUUCUGCUGAUGUUGCUUCUGUAAACACCACCACGAGAAAAUCAAGGAAAAAAUCAUCUGGAAGUGGAUCUGAAAUGCAAACUGGAGAGGAUAUAGCUGUGUCUAAUGGUGUCAACAAAUCCUCUAGUGGCCACAGUAGAGCCAGGAAGAGGAAAAGUAACAACGGUAACACCGUUGUUGUGCAAAAGAGAAUGAGGGGAUCAAUAUCUUUUGAUAAUGAGGCCAGUCUAGACAUACUUGGGGGGCCUAUCGGUAUCGACAAUGAGGCACCCAGAUCUGUUGGUAAAGAAGGCACAUCUGAAAAGAGAACAAAUGGCUUUAUGUCUGCUGGCAACGAGGGAACUCUCAAAAAGAAAAUGAGGGGCUCUAUCUCUGUUGGGGAUGAGCGAGCAGCCAAAAAAAAGGCGAGGGGUUCAGUCCCCAUCGGCAAUGAAGGCAACGCGGUGAAAAGGAAGAGAGCAACAAGGAAAUCAGCCAAAGAUAGUUCAGCAGCAGAUAUGGCUGAUGCUUGUGAGUUGGACCUUCCAACUCUGCUUUCUGAAGCUUCUGUGGAAAGAGAUGUUGAUACUGGAAAUGUUAACAAGAUGAAGCGGAAGUCUACCCCAAGACCCAGGCAUAUAAACAUAGCUGAAGGGGCUGCUGACGAAUAUUCGCGGCUUGCUGAUUGCCUGUCCUUUGCCCGUAGAAAUGGGACUAGCAGGAACAAAAGUUGCAGUAUGAGGUCACUAAAUAACGCAAUGCAAUCGAACGGUCCCUCAGGUGAAAAUUUACAGGGGCCAACUGUGACCAUUUCUGCUGGACCAGAUCCCAUUCCUGUUGAGAAUGGCAGCACUGCGAAGCUUGCAGAUAACGAUUAGGAAACAAUCAUUGAAGAGUGAUUUUUUCCCUAUCAAUAUUGGUGGCUGGUCUUACUCCUGAAAGCUAGAGAAAUGAGACAUGGGCAUAGGAGGGUGCAGCGUUCAAUAAGCUGAAGGCCAUCACCUUGUCGUGUUCAAUACAGUGGUUUGUACUGUUUUUCUGAUUGCGUUGAGCACAGGAUCUCUGUAGUUCUGUAUCGGAUUCCUUCUUAAAAGGAGUCUUGUCCAAACAAAAUCAGUGCCCCCUAUGGCUGUGAUCUGUAGAUCGCCAACAGGGAGUCGUGGGUGCAUACAUGACUGGCUGGAAACAUAGGGGACUUAAAAGCUUUAGUUAUCCUUCCGCAAAGGUAGCAUGAUGUGUUAGCUUACUGAAGCUCCUUUCUAUCUUUUUUUUUCUUGCCACUAAGUUUGUACUCCCUCUGUUUCAUAAUUGUCUCAAAUUUACCAAAAAAUGGAUGUAUCUAUUCCUAAAAGGUGUCUAGAUGCACGUAAGAUUUCGAUAAGAAUUAUGAAACGGAGAGAGUACUUGUUUUGUUUUUGCCAUUUUUGUUUGUUGUCACUGGGCUUAUCUCGCUAAUGCAUGCGUUUAAAACUGUGUAUGAUGGCAAAAACAGAAUGAGUGCAUGGCUUGGUUGUAAAACAAUUUUGCAUGUAAAAAAUGGUGUAGUUUUUUUUUCUUU